AGCCUGUGGUGCCACCAGGGAAGGUCUGGAGGUGAAUCUGCUUCCUGGGAAGCGCCUUUGGGAGAACAGCUUGCAUCAUCAGCGAGUGACACUUUUCCCACUUUUCUCCCGGUUCCUGGAGCUCUCCAAUCCCCACAGCCCGCCGUCUGCAGCUGGAAAGGAAAAAGGCAAAAUGACAGCGUACUUUUAAGACAUUUUGAGACCCUGGAUUAGGAAAUCUUUGGGCUGCAGAGCUGAGACAGACCUCUCCCUGGGGUGAGGCCACCCAUUGGGCCUUCGGAGCCACACUGCCUGGCUUCACAUCCCAGCCCGGCUACUUGUGUCAUCUUGGGUGGGUGACUUAGAGGGAAGGACGUGAAAGGCAUUUUGAACAGGGUCUGGUGCAUUGUGUGCAAUACAAGAACAUCUUAGUUGUUAAUACCCGGCGGCUCAGGGAAGCUAAGAGGCUGGGUUAUCUUGAAGGAAGGCGUCCCUCAGGUCAAGGGACAUCUAGGAAGGCCUGAGCGGGAUUAUUUCUGGCCUAUCACAAGACACGGGUUCAGGGAGGGUGUCAUCACAUGCUUGAUUCCUAAAUACCUAGUAGGUCUCGCCCUAUUAUUAAGAUUUCAGUGAAAUGGCAAGGGAGGGGAAAAUUCUGCUGCUUCCUGAGUCACUGCUCCGGCCUUUUCUUCUAGACUGCUCUACUCCCUCUCCAACGUUAACUCCUUCAGAACCAGACUUACUUUGGGACGGAGGGGGUUGGGCCAGCCCUGUAGAAUCCCAGGUCCUGCUACUUGCCAGGAAGGUCUUUCAGAUCAAGGGUGAACUGUUUCCCUGGUGAUUCACUGUACAGUGGCUGUGUGUCAUCAUUCACGUUUAUACAUGAAAUGCAUUUAGAAAUAUGUCCCUGUCAGAAUUAAAUCAUUAAAGAGGGGAGGAAAAACCCCCCCACAAAACCUUUGACUCAGCUUUCUGGAAAAGGUCCUCAAGGCACUUUGUUACCAUGACUACAGCAAGGUUCCCACCCACCAUUCUAUCACCAGCAGAGGCCUAGCCUCCAUUGGAGUGGGUAGGUUUUUAAGUUAGAAUGCAGGCCUGCUGUCUCAUAUCUGGGAAGGACACUGAAUCCAGCCAACAUUUCUCAAUUUUUCUCCCUAAGAGGCUUCAGUGAAAGCCUCUGCUGUUGACAGAUGUGUCUGUUGUGUCGAAUCUAUUAAAUUUGUACCCCUGGGAUACAGCCACUGAACGCUCAUUGACUCUGGAGGGAGUCAGUGUGUUUGUAAGCAGGAAUGGAAUUGGGGUUUUUCUCUUUUGCUCAGAUUAGAGGGUUGUGGAUCCUCUUAGGUAUGGGCAGCCUUUUAGGGCAGACCCCUCCUCUCACUGAGUUAGACCCUGCUGCCUUUUCGUUUCCUGGUGGCCUUAGGUAAAACUGUCUCCUUAGCGCUCAAUGACUUAUGAGUAUAUUCAUUUCUAGUGAUCCCCCCGCCCUGCCUUCACACGGAAAUAAAGAAUUGCAAAGUUAAAAGAGACUUUACGAUCCUCCGGCCUUGUAGUUUUUUAAUCUUUAGAGUUGAUGUCUCCUGUGAGAAGAUGAAGUAGGCUAUGGCCCCUCUUCCCAAGAAACUGCAUCCACGUACAGAACCUUGGCAUGCAGAUCAUGGGGCCCUGAAGCAUUUGCAUGGGCUCCAGAAGCUUGGAGAUUGUCAUACGUCAGUUUGUCUAGAGGUGCCUCAUUCUUCUUCAUGGCUGUAUCCCGCAGUAUGUUAUCAGGCCAACUCCCAGUUUGUGGACACAUCCUGGCUCCACAGAGAGAACAGCCCAGAAAAGAAAGUUCCCCAGCCCUCCGCAUUCCUCCAAUGGCCACUCGCCACAGGACACAUCAACAAGCCCCAUUAAAAAGAAAAAGAAACCCGGCUUACUGAACAAUAACAAUAAGGAGCAGUCAGAACUAAGACAUGGUCCGUUUUACUAUAUGAAGCAGCCACUCACCACAGACCCUGUUGAUGUUGUACCGCAGGAUGGACGAAAUGAUUUCUACUGCUGGGUUUGUCACCGGGAAGGCCAAGUCCUUUGCUGUGAGCUCUGUCCCCGGGUUUAUCACGCUAAGUGUCUGAGACUGACAUCGGAACCAGAGGGGGACUGGUUUUGUCCUGAAUGUGAGAAGAUUACAGUAGCAGAAUGCAUCGAGACUCAGAGUAAAGCCAUGACAAUGCUCACCAUUGAACAGUUAUCCUACCUGCUCAAGUUUGCCAUUCAGAAAAUGAAACAGCCAGGGACAGACGCAUUCCAGAAGCCCGUUCCGUUGGAACAGCAUCCCGACUAUGCGGAAUACAUCUUCCAUCCCAUGGACCUUUGUACAUUGGAAAAGAACGCUAAAAAGAAAAUGUAUGGCUGCACAGAAGCCUUCCUGGCUGAUGCAAAAUGGAUUUUGCACAACUGCAUCAUUUAUAAUGGGGGAAAUCACAAAUUGACGCAAAUAGCGAAAGUAGUCAUCAAAAUCUGUGAGCAUGAGAUGAAUGAAAUCGAAGUUUGUCCAGAGUGUUAUCUAGCUGCUUGCCAAAAACGAGAUAACUGGUUUUGUGAGCCUUGUAGCAAUCCACAUCCUUUGGUUUGGGCCAAACUGAAGGGGUUUCCAUUCUGGCCCGCGAAAGCUCUGAGGGAUAAAGAUGGCCAGGUUGAUGCCCGUUUCUUUGGACAACACGACAGGGCCUGGGUUCCAAUAAAUAAUUGCUACCUCAUGUCUAAAGAGAUUCCUUUUUCUGUGAAAAAGACCAAAAGCAUCUUCAACAGUGCAAUGCAAGAGAUGGAGGUUUACGUGGAGAACAUCCGCCGGAAGUUUGGGGUCUUUAAUUAUUCUCCAUUCAGGACGCCCUACACGCCCAACAGCCAGUACCAAAUGCUGCUCGACCCCUCCAACCCCAGCGCUGGUGCUGCCAAGAUAGACAAGCAGGAGAAGGUCAAGCUCAACUUUGACAUGACGGCGUCACCCAAGAUCCUGAUGAGCAAGCCAAUGCUGAGUGGGGGCGCAGGCCGCAGGAUCUCCUUGUCGGACAUGCCACGCUCCCCUAUGAGUACCAACUCCUCCGUGCACACAGGCUCCGACGCUGAGCAGGACGCCGAGAAGAAGGCCACGUCCAGCCACUUGAGCGCCAGUGAGGAGUCCAUGGACUUCCUGGACAAGAGCACAGCUUCACCAGCCUCCACCAAGACGGGACAAGCGGGGAGUUUAUCUGGCAGCCCGAAACCUUUCUCUCCUCAAGUAUCAACGCCAAUCACGACGAAAACGGACAAGACAUCUACCACGGGAAGCAUCCUGAAUCUUAACCUGGAUCGAAGCAAGGCCGAGAUGGAUCUGAAGGAGCUGAGUGAGUCGGUCCAGCAGCAGUCGGCCCCUGUGCCUCUCAUCUCUCCCAAGCGGCAGAUUCGCAGCAGAUUCCAGCUAAAUCUUGAUAAGACGAUAGAGAGUUGCAAAGCACAAUUAGGCAUAAAUGAAAUCUCAGAAGAUGUUUAUACGGCUGUGGAACACAGCGAUUCGGAGGAUUCCGAGAAGUCAGAUAGUAGCGGUAGUGACUCUAUCAGUGAUGAGGAACAAAGGUCUAAGAAUGAGCCGGAAGAUGCUGAAGACAAAGAGGAUGCUCGGAUGGACAAAGAGCCAUCUGCUGUCAAAAAAAAGCCCAAAUUGGCAAACCCCAUGGAGACAAAAGAGGAGCUGAAAGUCAGCACGUCGCCAGCCAGCGAGAAAGCAGACCCAGGCUUGGUCAAGGAGAAGACUAGCCCUCAGCCCGAGAAGGACUUUUCAGACAAAGCAAAACCCUUGCCUCAUCCCACAAAGGAUAAGCUGAAGGGAAAAGAUGAGACGGAUUCCCCAACAGUGCAUUUGGGCCUGGACUCCGAUUCAGAGAGCGAACUUGUCAUAGAUUUAGGAGAAGACCAUUCUGGGCGGGAGGGUCGAAAAAAUAAGAAGGAACCCAAAGAACCGUCUCCCAAGCAGGAGGUUGUAGGUAAAGCUCCACCAUCCACGACGGCGGGCAGCCAGUCUCCCCCCGAAACGCCGGUCCUCACCCGCUCUUCCGCCCAAACUCCCACGGCUGGUGUCACGGCCACCACCAGCACCACAUCCACGGUCACGGCCCCGGCCGCCGCUGCCACAGGAAGCCCAGUGAAAAAGCAGAGGCCGCUUUUACCGAAGGAGACUGCCCCGGCCGUGCAGCGGGUCGUGUGGAACUCCUCAAGUAAGUUUCAAACGUCCUCCCAAAAGUGGCACAUGCAGAAGAUGCAGCGCCAGCAGCAGCAGCAAAACCAGCAGCAAAACCAGCAGCAAAACCAGCAGCCUCAGUCUUCCCAGGGGACGAGAUAUCAGACCAGACAGGCCGUGAAAGCUGUCCAGCAGAAGGAGAUCACGCAGAGCCCGUCCACCUCCACCAUCACCCUGGUGACUAGCACCCAGUCGUCGCCCCUGGUCACCAGCUCGGGGUCCACGAGCACCCUCGCCUCUUCAGUAAGCGCAGACCUGCCCAUCGCCACCGCCUCAGCCGAUGUUGCCGCGGACAUCGCCAAAUACACUAGCAAAAUGAUGGAUGCAAUAAAAGGCACAAUGACGGAAAUAUAUAACGACCUUUCUAAAAACACUACUGGAAGCACAAUAGCCGAGAUUCGCAGGCUGAGGAUUGAGAUAGAGAAGCUCCAGUGGCUGCACCAGCAGGAGCUCUCGGAAAUGAAACACAACUUGGAGCUGACCAUGGCUGAGAUGCGGCAGAGCCUGGAGCAGGAGCGGGACCGGCUCAUCGCCGAGGUGAAGAAGCAGCUGGAGCUGGAGAAGCAGCAGGCGGUGGACGAGACCAAGAAGAAGCAGUGGUGCGCCAACUGCAAGAAGGAGGCCAUCUUCUACUGCUGCUGGAACACCAGCUACUGCGACUACCCCUGCCAGCAGGCCCACUGGCCUGAGCACAUGAAGUCCUGCACCCAGUCAGCUACCGCGCCUCAGCAGGAAGCAGACGCCGAAGUGAACACGGAAACACUAAACAAGUCAAACCAGGGGACCUCCUCCAACACACAGGCAGCCGCCCCGGAAACCAGCAGCUCGAAAGAGAAGGAGACGCCAGCCGAGAAAAGCAAGGACAGUGGCUCAACCCUCGACCUUUCUGGCUCCAGGGAGACGCCCUCCUCCAUUCUCUUAGGCUCCAACCAAGGCUCUGUUAGCAACAGGUGUGACAAGCAACCUGCCUCUGUCCCAACCAGCACAGACCACCAGCCGCACCCCAGCUACCCAGCCCAGAAGUACCAUUCCCGGAGCAGUAAAUCCAGUUGUUGGAGCAGCAGCGAUGAGAAACGGGGGUCGGCACGCUCUGAGCACACCGCCAGCACCAGUUCGAAGAGCCUCAUCCCGAAGGAGUCUCGGCUGGACACCUUCUGGGACUAAGGACACGUUGGAGCACAAGUCACCCAUCCCAUGGAGGAAAAAAAAACCAGACACCAGGAAAACCGGGAACAGCAAAGAAAUGUGAGACAGGAGAAUCGCCACCCUCGGACUGGAGGAUGCCGACCAUUCAGACUUGGCCUUUGCACCUGGCACGGAGGGCAGCCCACACUACGUCACGUCCAGCAUUAGCCUUGACAGAGGACUGUUCCACCCACAUGAAAUCUACACUUUCGAUGUAAAUAAUGUACAAUUUGUGGAUGUCAUUGAGCCUAGAGUACCUUCCCCUUUUUAUAUUUGUAUUGACUUUAACUUAUAAAAAAAAAGAGAGAGAGAGAGAGAAAAACAAUUAAAAAAAAAAAAGAAACACACCCAACAACAGAAAGAAUGUUUGGAUGUUGGAGAAGGGACGGUCAGCCAGCCCACCUGUCACAGUGGUAUGGAGAGCGCGUGGGGAUCACCGUGGCGCACAGGUCCUCAUCCUGGGAUGCCCAGGGGAAAGCGAGCCGUUGCCAUUCGUAUGUCUGUACACAGCACAUUGGGAUCAGGAAUUUCUGGCACAGAUUCGGUGCCGUCGUGGGCACAUCACAUCCAACCAUUAUUGGCCCAUUUCAAAUGCUGUGUUAUCAUGUUUUAAAAGGCAAGUUCUCUGGACCAGAAGGACAUGUGGAGGAGCUCGUUUAUUUUAUGUGAUUUCCAUGAUGACUCUACUCCUAUAAAAGGGAAAAAAAAAAAACAACCAACGUCCUUGUUUACAGAAUAUCAACUAGAAACAAGCCCUGCUCAGCUCAGUUGCAGAAGGGAAGAACUUAGAAAGCGUUCAAGUCAGAAGCUCUGAAACAGAGAGAUCUUUUCUUUGCUUUGUGGUUCCUUUAAAGACACUCACACCCACUUGGUAAGAGACAGGCCGUGCUUUGCGGAAGUGAGAAGUCAAAGGCAAGACGCACGCGGAGGACAUUUCAGUCUGGGAUGAAGCAUGUAUGUAUUAUUUAUAUGAUGGAAUUUUACGUUUUUAUGUCAGCAUGAAACAAAGGCAGUGUGAGAGGACGCAGGACACCGCCGUGCUGUCUGUUACACUACGUAUGCUGUAGUACCAUUUUGUAUGUUGUGUAAAACAAGAAGCAUUGAACAAAGCAAAAAGGUGAUGUAUGUAUAUGAGAAAAAUUAAUUGUACCAUAUCAUUCCAGUACCUUCUGUUGUACAUUUUAGUCUCGUUUCCUUUCUCUUCAUUGUUGAUAAGAGGAUGCGAACUGUACAGUUUCCAGCUAGUUACCCAUAUUAGAGAAGAAAUAAAAAGAGUAUUAGAAGAAAACAGGAGAGAAAGAACAUUUGUGAAUUGCAGUUGUCAAAAAAAAAAUAGCCUAGCUGGCCUUAUUUGUGAAGCAUAAUUGCUUUUAGCAUAUGGAAGUAUUUUUUCACAUUUUCUUUGUAUAAAAUUUGUAUUAAACUUAAAUAUCUUUUUUGA